AUGGCAGCAAGUAGCCUCAGGUGCAUUGCAUUUGCUUAUAAGCAAAUUGAACCAGAAAAAGUUCAAUGUGAUGAAGAUGAUUUGACCUUGCUCGGGAUAGUUGGCCUAAAGGAUCCCUGCAGACCAGGUGUAAAAAAGGCUAUUGAAUCAUGUAGAAUGGCUGGGGUGCAAAUCAAGAUGAUCACGGGAGAUAAUGUGUUUACAGCAAAGGCCAUAGCUACAGAAUGUGGGAUACUUUCAUCUGAUCAAGAACAUGGUGUUGGCGAAGUUAUAGAAGGCUCUGAGUUCAGAAACUACACACCAGAUGAGAGAAUUCUCAAGGUUAAUAACAUUCUUGUAAUGGCGAGAUCAUCCCCAAUGGACAAGCUUAUGAUGGUACAAUGCUUGAAACAGAAAGGUCAUGUGGUAGCAGUAACUGGAGAUGGAACAAAUGAUGCACCAGCACUAAAAGAAGCUGAUGUAGGCCUUUCCAUGGGAAUUCAAGGCACUGAAGUAGCCAAAGAAAGCUCCGAUAUCAUUAUCUUAGAUGAUGAUUUUGCAUCCGUGGCAACCGUAUUGAAAUGGGGUCGACGCGUUUAUAACAAUAUCCAAAAAUUUAUUCAAUUUCAACUCACCGUCAAUGUUGCAGCCCUUGUUAUCAAUUUCAUUGCAAUAGUUUCUGCUGGUGAUGUUCCCCUAACCACGGUGCAACUUCUGUGGGCGAACCUCAUAAUGGACACAUUGGGGGCUCUUGCACUUGCUACAGAAAGACCAACAGAUGAGCUUAUGCAUAAACCCUCGGUAGGUCGAACCGAGCCUCUAAUCACAAAGAUUAUGUGGAGAAACCUCUUGGCACAGGCCAUAUACCAAAUAACCAUACUCUUAACCUUACAAUUUAAAGGUAAAUCAAUCUUUAAUAUGGAGGAGAAGGUAAAUGACACAAUGAUUUUCAACACAUUUGUGUUUUGCCAAGUUUUCAAUGAAUUUAAUGCAAGAAAGUUGGAGAAGAAGAAUGUGUUCAAAGGGAUUCAUAAGAACGGUCUGUUUCUUGGAAUCAUUGUAGUAACUCUUAUUCUACAGGUUGUGAUGGUAGAGUUUUUAAAGAAAUUUGCAGAUACAGUGAGGUUGAAUUGGGCUCCAUGGGGAAUUUGUAUUUUACUUGCAGCUUUUACAUGGCCACUUGGAUGGAUUGUGAAGUGCAUUCCAGUUCCUAAAAUGCCAUUUCUAAUUUACUUCAAAUUUUCACAUACACCUUCAUGA